GAAAAUGUGGUGGAAAAAACUUUGGUGCCCAGCUCUUACUACUGGUUUGUUUUGGGCUACUAUAUAUUCUAGUGGACCGAUUAAUAAGUUGGAAGUUGAUCGCUGGAACAGAAGAUUCUUUUCCGGACACGAUAAAAGUAUGACGUAUUUGAGAGAUAUUCACUUGACAGGAGACGAAUAUGUUAUCUCUGGUCUUGAAACUAUUGGUGAGGCGGAUUAGAAGAAGAAUAAAAUAAGAGAAAAAAUACGCUAUAGGCUUCUGUAAUUGUG